AGCAGCAUCCACCCGGCUAGAGGCUGGAGCCAACGAGGCCCAAAAGGCGGCGGAGUGAGUCGGUCGGUCGGUGUCUAGCGCGCACUCCACUCCACCUCCUGCUCCUCUCCCGCGGCUGUCCACCCCCAAGUUUCGACUUGCUCUUUCGCCUACGCAAAGCCUAGGGAGGGGGAUAGGAGCAGCCGCGCCCCCUCCCUGAGGCCGCCGCCCCCAGCAUUUCGGCUCCGUUCGCGGCAGCGUGCGCCCGGGCAGUGCGCCCCGGCAGGCCCCAGCCAUGUCGAUGCUGCCUUCGUUCGGCUUUACGCAGGAGCAAGUGGCGUGCGUCUGCGAGGUUCUGCAGCAAGGCGGGAACCUGGAGCGCCUGGGCAGGUUCCUGUGGUCGCUGCCCGCCUGCGACCACCUGCACAAGAACGAAAGCGUGCUCAAGGCCAAGGCCGUGGUCGCCUUCCACCGCGGCAACUUCCGCGAGCUCUACAAGAUCCUGGAAAGUCACCAGUUCUCGCCACACAACCACCCUAAGUUGCAGCAACUGUGGCUGAAGGCUCACUACGUGGAGGCCGAGAAGCUGCGCGGCCGGCCCCUGGGCGCGGUGGGCAAAUAUCGGGUGCGCCGAAAAUUCCCGCUGCCGCGCACCAUCUGGGACGGCGAGGAGACCAGCUACUGCUUCAAGGAGAAGUCGCGGGGCGUGCUGCGCGAGUGGUACGCGCACAAUCCCUAUCCAUCGCCUCGAGAAAAGCGGGAGCUGGCCGAGGCCACCGGCCUCACGACCACCCAGGUCAGCAACUGGUUUAAGAACCGGAGGCAAAGAGACCGGGCCGCGGAGGCCAAGGAAAGGGAGAACACCGAAAACAAUAACUCCUCCUCCAACAAGCAGAAUCAACUCUCUCCUCUGGAAGGAGGCAAGCCGCUCAUGUCCAGCUCAGAAGAAGAAUUUUCACCUCCCCAAAGUCCAGACCAGAACUCGGUCCUUCUGCUGCAGGGCAAUAUGGGCCACGCCAGGAGCUCAAACUAUUCUCUCCCGGGCUUAACGGCCUCGCAGCCCAACCACGGCCUGCAAGCCCACCAGCAUCAGCUCCAGGACUCCCUGCUCGGCCCCCUCACCUCCAGUUUGGUGGACUUGGGGUCCUAAGUGGGGAGGGACUGGGGCCUGGAAUCGAAGCGGUGACUAGGGACACUUGUAAAUAGAAUUCAGGAACAUUUUUUGCAGCUUGUUUCUGGGGUUCUUUGUGCAUAAAGGAAUGGUGGACUUUCACAAAUAUCUUUUUAAAACUCAAAACCAACAGUGAUCUCAAGCUUAGUUGCAUUCUUCUCUCAGACUCUUUCUACUUUUGCAUUUCCCCUCCCAGUACAAAGAUCAGG